AUGUCUCAUAGUGAACAUGACAUUAAGGAUACAGAUGUAAUGGGGGAGAAAGCCGAGAUAUUGCAUGAGGAGGUUGCGUCUCUGGCAUAUUUGACACCCGAAGAAAAGGUGGUCGAGAGAAAGCUCCGUCGGCGCAUUGAUCUUUUGAUCAUGCCCUUGGUCAUUCUAGUCUAUCUCAUGAAUUAUAUUGACCGAAACAACUAUGCUGCAGCCAAGCUCCAAGGUCUUAUGGAAGACCUCCACCUCACUGGCCAGCAAUAUCAAACCGGUCUCUCUGUUCUAUUUGUUGCCUAUAUCUUGAUGCAAGUUCCCUCCAAUCUUCUUCUCAAUUAUAUAGGCCGGCCAUCACUUUAUAUAGGUUUUUUUGUUUGCGCCUGGGGUCUUGUCUCCGCACUCACAAGCCAAGUCCAGAGCUUCGGGAGCAUUGUUGCUUGUCGGUUUAUCCUGGGGCUAGUUGAGUGUCCCUUUUUCGGAGGUGUCCUGUUCUACCUUUCCAAGUGGUACACCCAAAAGGAACUCGCCUUCCGCAUGAGUGUAUUUUACUCCGGCUCACUACUUAGUGGAGCUUUCGGCAACCUCAUUGCAGCCGGCAUCUUGGAUGGAUUAGCUGGUGUACGCGGCAUAGCAGCCUGGCGUUGGCUCUAUAUCAUCGAAGGCUCCAUCACAUGCUUCAUUGGUUUGAUAAUCUGUGCAGUCCUACCAGAUUUCCCUGACACAUGGCGACUUCUCUCGCCCGAAAUGCGAGCGGUCGCUAUAAAACGACUGGCGAUUGAAGCAGCCGAAGCUGAUGUGGAUGAAGAGGGCGGCAUGAGCCAACUCAAGGGUCUUAAACUAGCCGUGCUGGACAUCAAGACCUGGAUUCUAGCUUUCGCCUACAUGUGCAUCGCGGGUGCAGGAGGAUUCCAAUAUUUUUUCCCAACCCUGACCGCAACCUUGGGCUAUAGCAACUUCAUCUCGUUACUCUUAGUCGCGCCACCUUACAUCUUCCUCGUCUUCUACAGUCUCCUCCACAGUUGGAUCUCCGAUAAAAUCGGCCACCGCUUCUGGUUCUUCUUCUACCCAAUUCCAAUCACAAUAAUCGGAUUCAUCAUCUUCAUGACCGUCGACUCAUUCGGCGUUCGAUACUUCUCGUUCUUCUUGAUGAACGCCACUUUCGCUCAGAAUGGCACUCUAUACUCCUGGAUUGCCAAUGCCUUGCCACGUCCUCCUGCAAAGCGUGCCGCUGCUUAUGGCAUUAUCAAUGCUAUUGGGAACUCGGCUAGUAUAUGGACGCCUUAUACCUAUUAUGAUGCGCAAAAGCCGUAUUAUCGUGUGGCGCUGGGGAUCUGCAUUGCUUUGCAGGUGUUGGCUGGCCUCGCUAGUAUCUUCAUGUACUUCACGCUACGUAUGUUUAACAAGCGACAGGAGCGGCUUGAGAAUGAGGAUGUGCCGCUUGGUGAGAGAGACUUACAGCGGUUGCAGGUUACUGCUGACAAUGAAGGGGUUGAUAUCGCGGCUGCUCGACGGUUGCAAAAGGGGUUCCGGUACAUGCUUUAA